AUGGCCGACGGCGGAGGCGGAGGCGGAGGCGGAGGAGGAGGAGGAGGCGGCCCCGCCGUGCCGCCGCCGGCGGAGGAGGAGGAGGCCGACCCGCCGCCGCCCCCGCCGCCGGACGACGAUGAGGAGAACGACGACGACGACGACGACGACGACGACGACGAGGCGGCCGCGGCCCUGCUCUACCCAGAUGACCUACUAUUUAGUGAUGAAGUUAUUGCCAAUGGUUUUCAUUCCUGUGACAGUGAUGAGGAUGAUAGAGCCUCCCAUGCAAGCUCUAGUGACUGGACUCCAAGACCCCGAAUAGGUCCCUAUACUUUUGUGCAGCAACAUCUCAUGAUAGGCACAGACCCACGGACGAUCCUUAAAGAUUUGUUACCGGAAACAAUCCCUCCUCCCGAGCUGGAUGAUAUGACACUGUGGCAAAUUGUUAUAAACAUUCUUUCGGAGCCACCAAAAAGGAAGAAGAGAAAAGAUAUUAACACAAUUGAAGAUGCAGUGAAACUCUUGCAAGAAUGCAAAAAAAUAAUCGUGCUAACUGGAGCUGGGGUAUCUGUUUCCUGUGGGAUACCUGACUUCAGAUCAAGAGAUGGCAUAUACGCACGACUUGCAGUGGACUUUCCAGAUCUGCCAGAUCCUCAAGCAAUGUUUGACAUUGAGUAUUUCAGGAAAGACCCAAGACCUUUUUUCAAGUUUGCAAAGGAAAUCUAUCCUGGGCAGUUUCAACCAUCUCUGUGCCACAAGUUUAUCGCCUUGUCGGAUAAGGAAGGAAAAUUACUUCGCAACUACACUCAGAAUAUAGAUACACUGGAACAAGUUGCAGGGAUCCAAAGAAUAAUUCAGUGUCAUGGUUCCUUUGCGACAGCUUCAUGCCUGAUUUGUAAAUACAAAGUUGACUGUGAAGCUGUACGAGGAGACAUUUUUAAUCAGGUGGUUCCUCGAUGUCCCCGAUGCCCAGCUGAUGAGCCACUUGCCAUCAUGAAGCCAGAGAUUGUGUUUUUUGGGGAAAAUUUACCAGAACAAUUUCAUAGGGCCAUGAAGUAUGACAAAGAUGAAGUUGACCUCCUCAUUGUUAUUGGGUCUUCCCUGAAAGUAAGACCAGUAGCGCUGAUUCCGAGUUCCAUACCCCAUGAAGUGCCUCAGAUCUUGAUUAACAGGGAACCGUUACCUCACCUGCAUUUUGAUGUAGAGCUUCUUGGAGACUGCGAUGUCAUCAUCAACGAAUUGUGCCAGAGGCUGGGAGGGGAGUACGCGCGGCUCUGCUCCAACCCCGUAAAGCUCUCGGAAAUCACGGAAAAGCCUCCACGAACAGCCAGGGAGCUGGACGCCCGUUGGGCCGGGCUCCCCCCGACCCCACUCCGCGUCUCGGAAGGCUCGAGCUCGCCCGACCGAACCGCCCCGCCAGAUGCCCUGGCGGCCCCCGCCCACCCCGAGCCGAUGCCCGAGAGCCAAGCGGCGCGGGCCGAGUCGGGGGCCGAGGCCGGAGGGUGCCCCGCCGGGGCGGCCCCGCGGGCAGGGCAGUCGUCUUCCGAAAACGCCGCCGCUGUGAGCGAACAGUCGGAGGGUCUAGGUCACGCGAAGGACGCCGCCGCCGGCGCUGGGGAAAAUAAAGAGAGGAGUGAAAGAACUUCGGCUGCAGAAACUCUGCGAAAAUGCUGGGGCAAUAGGCUUGCAAAAGAGCAGAUUAGUAAGCGGCUUGAUGGGAACCAGUACCUGUUUUUACCACCAAAUCGCUACAUUUUCCACGGGGCUGAAGUGUACUCAGAUUCUGAAGAUGACGUCCUGUCGUCCAGCUCUUGUGGAAGUAACAGUGACAGUGGGACCUGCCAUAGUCCAAGCUUAGAAGAACCUCUGGAGGACGAAAGUGAGAUUGAAGAAUUCUAUAACGGCUUGGAGGAUGAUGCUGUUGGUCCCGAAAGAGGAGGAGGAGGAGGAGCUGCUGGAUUUGGGGGUGACGACGGUGAACAAGAGGCAGUUACGGAAGCCGUGCCUGUGAAGGUCGAGGCAGCAGAAAUGGACCGGUCAUCAACUGGCUUAUAAUGUAAUCAUUGCCUGAUUACAGGAACUCUUCCACCAGCAUUAGAAACUUUGGCAUGUCAGAAUGAAUGUUUACUUCUGAACUCAAAGUAGAGCAUCAGAAACCAUGAGGUGGUAACAUUUGUAGACAACUAAACCAGACUCUCCUGCAUCAUUUUACCGUUCCAGUAGUUCUGUACUUACACCCCAACACUAACUUGUGUUUUUGAAGAAAGGUACUAAGUAUCUUCAGUCAACUGUUAGUCACUACGUUCACUUUCUUUUAAAGGUUCAGUUGUUCGAUAAUGCGCCCGUAUGUAUAUAGCCUUUUUUGGGGGGUUAGCGAAUAUCAGCAUUUUAAAGUUUUCAAUAAGCCAUCGGAAUGUUUAAUAUAAAGGGAACAGCUAAUCUAGACCAAAGAAUGGGAUUUUCACACCUUUUUGCUCUUGCAAUAUUUUCAGUGGGUAACAGACCCUCCUCCUGCUUCUGUAUAUUUUCUGCAAACGUUUCGGUCUCUGGCGUAACUUGUCUUUAAACACUGGCAUUUUCCGGGACACUCGUGGCAGCUAACUUAUGUCUCGAAGACGUAUUUAACGUGAGUAGGUGGAAGUUGCAAACAUGCUAAAUGGAAGAGUGCUUCCGUGAGCUCCUGCUUUCUUGAGACGAAGUGCUGUAGAGAGUAUCAGGUACUUUACUGUUCAGAUGAAUUGAGUUUGUCAUGCUUCCUGUGGACAUGGACUAAUGUCUAGAUCAGUAAUUAAAAUUAACCACCUCUUUCUCCCCCUCCACCCCGCCACGAAGUAGGCGCUUUGGAAAUGUUUGCUUUCAUUGCUUUUAGAAAGAAGUGUGCUUGUCUAGCCCUCCCCGGGUUAGCGCCAUUCUUCCCAUUAUUGCGUGAGUACCUAUCACUGUGGUACAGCUUGCGUAUGUUCUUUCCCACAGAUGUUAAACCGCCAUGAGGUGAAUAUGCAAGGCUUUUCUGAAUCUGAAAUACUGGUACUGCUAAGGGUGAGUGUGUAAUAAUAGAUUUGGGGCUGGUAUUUUUUCCUCCUUCCCAUUACCACAGGAGAUCGACGAGAAGUUAAUUACAAAUCCACGGCAGUGUGACGUUUAGCUGGUCCAGCUAACCCGGAAAGUGUCGCUUUCUAGGGUCCUACAUAUCUAUUUGCUGGAGGGUUUGGCAUAUUGAAGGUACCAUUUAGUAUUACGGAGACACAACUUGCAAUGUGGCAGUAACAAACAGGAUAAUUAAAUUAAUACAUAUUUAAUUGCUUAGCCCGCCUUAAACCUAGGCCAUUUUUUCAGCUGCAGAGUGUUCCAACAUUCUGAAGUUCAUGUUUUGUAAAAUUGCACAGUAAAUAAUGCAUUUAUUUUCCAAACCACUUUUUUCAACAUGCCCCCAAGACUAUACAGAUGUAGAUUAUUCAUACUUUGCUUUAAUAUUUAUUACAGUUUUUAGUAAAGAGUUUGAAAUACGUAUUGUAGCUGUUCUGUAGGCGAAACGGUUAGUCAGGACCCUAAAUGCCAGAGAAACUCAAAAUUGUUAAAUGGCCCUUUCAGUUCAUCUUAAAGAUGGUGGUAACGUCUAAAUUCUAAAAGACAGAGCUUAUUUGGCUACAUUAAAGAAUGCAGAAUGUUUAGUUUCCAUUUGCAUGAUACAACGUGCUUGUGCUAUAGAUAAUAUUUUAAAUUGGAAAACUUCUGUUUUAAAUUAUUUUUACAGUGAGGAUUGUUUUCCGCUCUUUUAUAUUGUACAUAAUGUCUUUUAUGUAUCCUACUGGCAUAUGUUUUGUAGACUGUUAAAAUGACUGGCUCUCUUCCUGCAACUUUUGAAAUACAAAACCAGUGUUUUAUACUUGUACACUCUGUUCUAAAGUCUAUUAAAAUGGUCAUUUGGCUUUCC